AUGAUGUCGUCCAGAGACAUGUCCAUCUUGUCGGCCAUGAUGGCGGCUCCGCUCCGGGGCCUGCACUUCCGGCCGCGCUGCCGCCGCCGACGGAAGCGGAAGAGGCGGGGCCAGGCGGGGAAGGCGCGCUGGCGCGCGGGGCCCCCUGGGGCGGCGGGGCGGGACUUCCGGCGGGGCGGCGGGCGGGGCGGGGCCAUGCGGGUGCGCGUGCGGAGCUGGCACGCGGUGGCCGCGUGGCUGUGGGUGGCGAACGACGAGAACUGCGGGAUCUGCCGGAUGGCGUUCAACGGGUGCUGCCCCGACUGCAAGGUGCCCGGGGACGACUGCCCGCUGGUGUGGGGGCAGUGCUCGCACUGCUUCCACAUGCACUGCAUCCUCAAGUGGCUCAACUCGCAGCCGGUGCAGCAGCACUGCCCCAUGUGCCGCCAGGAGUGGAAGUUCAAGGAGUGA